GAGUCUAAAUGAAUCGUCAAAGAAAAACAAAUGGACAUACACAUUCGUUUUUUGGAGGAUGGGUGUGUUCGGUCGAGAUAUUUUGGUUCACAAUUCCUGGGACAUGGAAGAGCUGACGAUCUGUUGCAGCACAUCAAAGAAUGCAUUGCUCAACUCAAUAUGAGGCAGCUCCUCUCAGUUGGAAUGGAUGGGCCCAAUGUAAAUUUUAAACUCCUUGAUCUCCUUCAAAAGGAGUAUGCUGAGCUGAAUGGAGGUGCUCAAGUCCUGGUGGUUGGGAGCUGUGGACUUCACACUCUCCACAAUGCCAUGAAGGCAGGCUUUACAGCCUGGCAAAUAGACAAGCUCCUGCGUGCGCUCCAUUACCUCUUCCACAACGUUCCUGCCCGGAGAGAGGACUACACCAACAUCACUGGGUCGACCUGCUUUCCCCUCUCUUUCUGUGGCCACAGAUGGGUGGAAAAUGUGCCAGUUGCGGAGAGAGUCCUGGAAGUUUGGCCCAUGAUUCAGAGAUAUGUCAGUGCUGCGGAAGAUAAGAAAGUCCAAAAACCGAACACAGCCUCUUAUGACGCCAUCCUGGCAGCAAGAGGGGAUCCACUCUUAAUCCCAAAGCUUCAAUUCUUCCUCUCCAUUGCGAGAAGUUUUAACCCUUUUCUUCAGAAGUACCAAACAGAUGAGCCAGUGUUGCCUUUUUUGGCAAAAGAUUUAACUGAGCUUCUGUUGAGUUUACUGCGGCGCUUCAUCAAAAGGGAGCUCCUACAGGACCAAACCCCCUUGCAACUCAUUAAGUUGGACAUCUCUGAUGAGAAGAACUGGGUCUCGCUCAAAAGGGUAGACAUAGGCUUGGGAGCUGAAUCAGCCAUCAAGGCACUCAUGGGCAAACCAGGAACCAAGAUAGGGGAACACUCUGUGCUCAGCCUGAGAAAAGAGUGUUUGCAGUGUCUGGUUCAGAUCAUAAAGAAACUGCAGGAAAGGUCCCCGUUGAAAUUCCCCAUUGUGAGGCAGAUUGCCUGCCUGGAUCCCACAAAGAUGGCCAAAGAUCCAGAGUGGUGCAUCGUACAGAUGAAAGCAUUAGUACAGACAUUCAUCCAGGGGCAGCAGUUGGCAGGUGGCGUUGCAGCUGAUAAGAGAAUAUUGUAUAGGGACAGUAGAAGUCAAUAGGUUAUUCUAAUUGAUUAAGGUCUUGUGCUAGGAAUCUCCCUUGGUUCUCUGCCUUUUUUAAUUCAAGAGGUGUGAAGGUGUUAAUGAUCAGUUUGUAAUUUAGACAAGACUUCUGUGCCCCCAGGUUGAGAACCACUGCUUUAGAUACUGCUGUGUAUCUAUGAUGUACUGUAUGUACUUUUGUUGAAUGGUUGAUGAAGCAGUGGACUGGAAUGUGUUA